AUGAGUAGCAGGGCCUUGAAAAAAAUAUACAGGGAUGAAUUAACGCCCAGUCCUAAUCCAGACUCCGGUAUGGACCGUGAUGGGAAAGGUGAAGAAGAGGAAGAGGAAGUUGAGGAUGAAGAAGAAGAAGAAAUGGAAGAAAAAACGGCCAAGCCUGGUCAGACCAAUCCCUAUGCGUUAUUGAAUGCCGACAAUGAAGACGACAAUGAAGACGACAACGAGGCCGACGACAGUACUAGUGAAGUGGAAGACAACGAGCAGCAGAAAAGUCCUAUGAUGUUUCCGGACGAUACAAAUAAAGAAGGAAUUAGAUCUUCUGCCGCUGCUGGAGCUAAGAAGAAGACGAAAAAGAAGAAGAGUAAAAACAAAAACAACCUUGCCAAAAAAGCAGAGCUUGGGAAAGAAGUAGACAUUGAUGGGUUAAUUUCGGAUAUUGAGCAACGAACUGAUAAGAUGGAGACUCUUCCGACGUAUAUAAAAUUUUUCCGUCUGGAUCCCCGAGAAUUGGACUACGAGCAAGAGUUUAGAAAGCUAUUCGGCAAACAAGCUCUCAAGGAAUCGCAGUCACAAGCCAGUGGAAGCAAUCCUAUGAGAGAUAUGACUAGGAGUUCGGCUAGUACUGCCAAGUUACUCAAGUCUUGGGGUGGCCGCGAUGGUCGCACAUUUCCAGGUAGUACUAGAAAACUUGUACUUGGAAAGAUCAAAGAGCAUCAUGUUCCUACUCUAAAGAGGGAUAUUCUUAUGGAAGAGUUGAAAAAAUCCGAAACUUCUGAUUUGGUAUCUCUAUUCAAGUUCACGCACAGUAGGGAUUAUCAGGAAGCACAGAUGAUUUUCGAGUACACACGAUCAUUAGGCGAUAUCCAAACAACAGUGCAGCAGGUAUUAUCAAAGGUAUCUUAUCAUGUGCCUACACUUUUGGUGCUAGCAGACAACCGGACUCAAACAGGAAAUCUGAGUGAAGCAGCAGACUUCUUAGAGCAAGCACUUUUAACUUUCGACCGCGGGGUGAAGUCAAAUUUCAGCUUCAGUUCGGGACAAUGUAGGCUCCCGUUCAAAUAUUUCGAAAAUCGAACAUUCUAUUUGGUUGUCUUUGAGUACAUAAAAACGUUGAUGAAGAGGGGUACAUGGGCUACAGCGUUUGCCUACACGAAACUGCUCUGGGGUUUGGACCCCGAAGAGGACCCAUAUGGCGCCGGGUUGAUGAUUGACUUCUUCGCUAUGAGUGCUGGAAACUAUUCGUAUUUGAUUGAACUUGCGGAUGAGCCGUUCUUUAACAGACCUGGAACAAUCUAUUCCAGUCGACCGAAUAUACUGUUUUCUAAAGCAAUUGCACACUAUUGUCAGACAAAAGGAAGGCAUACUGAGACAAGUUCGAAAUAUCUACAUGAGGCAGUUUCAAAAUAUCCAUGGGUUGCUGCAGAUAUUUUGGGCUACCAUACUCCAGAAGAGGAAGCAUACAACUACGAUGGCCUUUUUGAGAACUCGGUAAUCUCAAAUGCCACCUCAGAGAACGUAGACCGGCUUGCGCCAGGCCCCGAACAGGCAAUCUACAGUAGUUUAUAUGCUACUCAAAUGAAAGGUUUUUGGGAUUCUCCUGAAACACGCAGGUGGCUCCAGGAAGUCUGCAAGUCAGUGACAGCUCUUCAACCCAUUAAGCAGCCAUAUGGAAUCUCCCUUUCUAUUGUGCGUUACGUCAUGCUUUCCCAGCAAACUCAGACUUUUAAAUACAUUCCCCCGGAGAUACUUGAGGGCGAAAUGUGGGCCGACGAUCCAUUCCCUCCGGCUGAUAAUCUAUCUCCAUAUCCUGAACGGUCUAACCAGCAUUUCAACGUAUGA